GCCCCUUCCAGCUCUCACAUCCCAUGUUCCAAGGCCCCUUCCAGCUCUCACAUCCCAUGUUCCAAGGCCCCUCCCCAUUCUCCAGGCCCCUUGAGGGGCCUCUCCCCUGGUGGUGUGUGUGUGGGGGGAGAGUCUCUCCCAGGCAAUAAAACUGCUCGUGCUCCCAGCAGUUAUUGGAGCCAGGCGCCCCCGUCGUCAGGCUUCUUUCCGAAGGAGCAGCCCCCUCUCUCCUGUCCCCUGGUGGCCCCUUGGUCCAGAGCCUCUGGCUUUUUCUUGUGAGGGCCCUUCCCUCUUAAAGGGCCGGCUUCCUCCGGACUAUUUUUUUUUAAAAAAGGAAGCCUAAUUAUAUACUCGGGCUUAAUAUCCUUUUGUUUCCACUCCCCCUUAAAGAAACAGUGCCUUCUUUCUUGCUUUUCUUUAAGUGGCCAGCAAUGUUAUCAUCCCUCCCCCCGCCCCCCAGUCAUCUUUCCGGAGACCUCCCGAAACCCCCCAGGUCUGCAAAGGAAAAGGAUUGUGGAUCUGGAGCCAGAAGAAUCGGGCUCUGCCCCUGGUUACUUCUGUGUGAUCUUGGUCAAGUCACUGGGGUUCAGAAAGACUCCCUCAGUAAAGUUUUCGUAAGCACCUACUGAGUGUCAGGCACUAGUUUGGGGCUCACAGAGAAAGGUAAGGAGCCUCCAGGCUGCUUGGGGGAGGCGAACAGCCGUGGGAUGGCCCAAUGAGAGCCUCCGCUCCUCCCAGGGUCGCGCCGUCCCCCCUGUCUCCAGGUGUUCUUGGCCAAGUCGCGGGAGCAGUUUGCCGGGUCCUUCCCCAGAUCAGGGAGCGAAGAUCCCCAGAUCCCUCCUCGGUCUGUGGAUCCCUCCUCGGUCUGUGGAUCCCUCCUCGGUCUGUGGAUCCCUCGGGCCCUUCCAGCCCCCACUUCUCGGGCCUCUCUGGGCUGCCCCGUUCCCUCGGCCUCCCCCUCCCCCGCCGCUCCAUCCCCUUUCCGGGCCCUGGGAGUAAGACUCGGGUUCUCUGGGCUGUGGCUGAAAGCCGCCUGUGCUGUGCCUCCCUCCCCUCCCCCCUCCCCCCCCCAGGGCCGGAGCCGAAGCCGGAGGCUGGGGCGCCGGGCUCCCUCCCCUCUCCCAGGGGCCGGGCUCCCCCGGCCGGCCGGAAGUACUCGGACCACUGCGAGGCGCGGGCCUCCCGGCCGGGCAAGAGCCGCAUCCCGGGCCGCGACCACCGGCGCUACUACCACGAGCACUGGCGGCUGGAGUACCUCAUGGACUUCAACCCGGCGCGCCACGGCAUGGUGUGCAUGGUGUGCGGCAGCUCGCUGGCCACGCUCAAGCUCAGCACCAUCAAGCGGCACAUCCGCCAGAAGCACCCCUACUCCCUGCACUGGAGCCCCCGCGAGAAGGAGGUCAUCAGCAGCAGCUGGGACGCGCACCUGGGGCUGGGGGCCUGCGGGGAGCCCGACGGGCUGGGGGCCCGGGCGCCCGACGACGACGACGAGGACGAGGACGACGAGGAGGACGAGGACGAGGCGCCGGCCGCCCCUCCGCUCUGCCUGCCCAAGAGCACAGGCCGAUCGUCCUCGGGCAGCGGGGGUGGCCGGCGCCGGAGACGAGGGGGCCCCUCCGCUCCCCGACGGCCCGGGGGGAGCGGAGGUCCGGGGGCCCCUCGGAGCCUGGAGCGGCGGCUGAAGGAGUCCCUGCAGAGCUGGUUUCGGGCCGAGUUCCUCAUGGACUACGACCCUCGGGGCAACCGGCUGGUGUGCAUGGCCUGUGGCCGGGCCUUGCCCAGCCUCCACUUGGAUGACAUCCGGGCCCACGUCCUGGAGGCGCACCCCGGCUCCCUGGGGCUCACGGGCCCGCAGCGCAGCGCCCUGCUGCAGGCUUGGGGCACCCCGGCUGCGGCGCCACCCCCGCCCCCACCAGACGAUGACCUCGGCCCUCAGGACCUGACCCGAAAAGCCCCGGCUCCAGCCGCGGCGCCCUCCUCCCUGGAGCCCGCUCCCUCGGCCCCCGGGGCCCCGAGGGCGGCGGCGACGGCGACGGCGGAGGCGGGGGCAGCGCCCGGCGCGUCCACGGGCCUGCCCCGGGGCCGCGAUCACCGGCGUUACUACCAGGAGCGCUGGCGGCUCGAGUACCUGAUGGAGUACGACGGCGGGCGCCGCGGCCUGGUGUGCAUGGUGUGCGGGGGCGCGCUGGCCACGCUCAAGAUGAGCACCAUCAAGCGGCACAUCCGCCAGCGGCACCCGGGCUCCACGGGCCUCAGCGGCCCGGUCAAGGCGCUCAUCGCCCAGGAGUGGAGCCGGAAGGCCACGCACCUGCUGGCCCUGGGGCUGCCCUUCACCGAGCUCCCGGGGGCCCGGGCCCAGAGGGAAGAGGAAGAGCAGGGACAGGGGGGCCAAGAGCCCGAGGAAGAAGAGGAGGGAGAGUGGGCCGAAGGUUCGCCCUCCGCAGAGGAAGACGGCAGCGCCAAGAGGCCGGAGGAAGAGGAAGGAGAAGGGGAGGAAGAAGAGGCCGAGGCCCCAGAGCCGCAGGCGGUCGCCGCGCCCCCGGCGCCCCCGCCGCCCCUGCCCCCGCCGCCCCCGCGCAGCCGGGAGCAGCGGCGCAACUACCAGCCGCGCUGGCGGGGCGAGUACCUGAUGGACUACGACGGGCGGCGGCGCGGCCUGGUGUGCAUGGUGUGCGGGGGCGCGCUGGCCACGCUCAAAGUCAGCACCAUCAAGCGCCACAUCCUGCAGGUGCACCCCUUCUCCAUGGACUUCACGGCCGAGGAGCGCAAGACCAUCCUGGAGGCCUACGAGGAGGCGGCCCUGCGCUGCUACGGCCACGAGGGCUUCGGGCCGCCCGCGCCGCCCCCGGGGGGCCCCGACGGGGACGUCCAGCCGGGGGCCGUGUGCCGGGCGUAGCCGGCGCCCCCGGCCGGCCCUCCCCCCUCCCUGCGCCCCGUCUUCCUUCUCCGGUGAAACCUGAACCGGGGGGGGGGGGGGGGGGGGGGGGCAGGGCCGCCCGGCCUGGCCCCUCCUCGCUGCCUCUCCCGCCCCGUCUUGCGCUCCGUCGCUUUCCGAAGUUUACCUCCGCGGCCGCCCUGGCUUCCCUCCUGGUCCUCCCAGCCGCCCCUUCCCCGGCCCCCUCUGCUACCGACCCGGGCUGCGCUUCCCGAGCUGUUCUGUCCGUCCCCACGAGGCCUCUCCUUGGGCCGGAGAGAGAUGAGGGGCCGCGCUGGAGAAGCCUUAGUUUCAGGCCCCCCCCACCCGGGGUGGGCCCCUGGGCAGAGCAGCAGGGGCCCCUCCUUCGGAGCUGGCCAAGGUGGCUGACGGGCGGGCGGGAGGAGGCCGGUGCUUGGCCCCCUCCCCCCACCCCCUUUCCUCUCCCUGAGCGGUUUUAGCAAUGUGAAUUUCUGGGCCCCGGGAUUGGGCAGGAAGCCCCGGGACUGCGCCCGGCCCCAACUUCCCACCAUCCCGAGGGGGAAAGGGGCUGGGUUAAAAUCGCGGGCCCCAGAGGGAAUCCCCGGGGACCCCAGGCCUCACCUCCCUUGUCAAGCUGGGUGACCGUGGCCCACCGUUCAGUAUUAAGAGCCUGUGCCCUCCGGCCCUUUCCUUCCGCUUGGGGGCAGCCCCGUUGCUCGGCUCCAUUGCACGUGACCUCGAAAGGAGCCGGCCCAGAAGGGCCCCUUCCCUGCCCUGGGGGGGCUAAUCGGGGAGCCCGGCCUUCCCGCCGUGGGUGUGCGGACUGACCUGUAUCUUCCCGGCGGGCCCUCUGCCCCACGUCCAGCCGGGCCUUGGGGCCGGUCCUCCCCGCCCUGCCCCCCUUGCCAUUCCAUUUGGGCUUCCCCAGCCCAGAGCAUGACAGUAUUAUGGCGGGAACAGGUGGUCUCCGGGCGGAGGAGGAGGCAGAGGGAGCGGAGACCCCGCCGCCAGUUUCAAAGUUUUAGCACUUUUUUUUUUAAUACCCCUUCCCCCCUCGACCUCACUAUUUGGCCCAAAGCUACAUGUUCUUCCCGAGGAGCUGGAAGGUGAGGACCCCGCCAGCUCGGCCUCUGCUCGCAGGCCUGGCCCGGGGGUGAAAGCCUGGGGCAAGUGGCAGGCCUGGCCUCGGACCCUUCCGCCGCCCCCAGCCCGCCCUCGGCUCCCUGGGGUGGGGGCAGGGGCAGUCCCAUUUCCGGGCCGAGAGUUCGGGACGGGAGCCGGGCCGGUGGUUGGAGCCUGAAUAUUUUAGGGAGCGGGGCUUUUAUGAUCGUUUAGGCAGGUCCAAGUUUGGGGUGUUUUGAUUCAUUCUCUCCUGUGGAGAAAAGGUGGCCCCAAGAUCAGGCCCUUGGCUCUUAUUUUUUAUUUUAUUUGGAAAACUAUUUAAUGCUUUUAUAUGAAGGGGGAGGGGGGAGGGAGCUGGCCAUCACCCUUAUGUGCAAAUGUCUUUAUUUAUUAUCCGUGUAUCAGAGAUAAGCUGUGAGCUGCACCCCGGGAGACUUUCUUAGCGUUGCCCUUGGGGAAGAAGGCAGGGUUCUGAAGGACCACUGAGGGAGGGGGGUUGUGGGAAAAGAACAGGAGGGAGGCUCCCCAGGAGUUCCUAUGAUAGCAAGAUAGACUGAGAUUACCCCACCUCAGGUGCUUCUUUGGGCCCCCAAAUCCUGACCUCCACGAAGUAAAGGCUCCUUUCUUCAGGGGCUGUCGUUAGGGAAAGGGGACUUGUAUUUGGGUGGGGGGGAUGAGCUGGUGGGUUCUUGAGCCAAAACUGGCCUGCUAAGCCACCAGCAGCAGAGUAUUUUACCCUGCUUCGUCCCUGCUUAUGUAACGGGUACUGAGCCUUCCUGGAUCUAGAGUACCUUUGAUGAUGGACACGGGUACGAGGAUUCUGGGAGGUCCUGGAAAGGACAAGUAGUUAUGGUUUGGGGAAGUUUAUUAAAAAGCUGGGCUGCCCCUGCCUUGUUAGCUCCCCCCCCCCCGCCCCCCCAAGAAAAAACACCCUGUGAUUGGGAUUGUUUUUACACCAGGAAAAAGGAUAAGGUGGGGGCUACUUUUGUUAUGGAUAAAAUCAACAUGAAGGUCUCUAUUCUGAGUUGCUGAGAUUUCCAAUUCUACCCAUGCUACUAGUCAAUAUUAGCUUAAUAAUCCGGGCCUCUUCCAACAGGGAAAUUACCAUUUUUUUUUUUUUCUGAAAAACAUCUUGCCUGGGGAAAUUCAGUGCCCUGGGUUGGGACAUUUCAUUACUUUCAUGGACACCCUGAGCGUUUUCAAGCUGGAAGACGCCCCAGUGAUGACUCUGGUCCUUCCUCCCCCUUUUUUAUAGGUGAACAAACAGGGACAUUAAGGGAGUGGCUCAAGAUGACCCAAGACACAGGGAUUGAACCCAUUCUUCCAGUAGGAUAAAGCACUUAAACCAAUCCCAUGAGUUCGGCAGAUGAGGGCAACGGGCAGAUUUUGCUGUUCCCUAAACCCAGUCACUUCCCCCGGGGUGGAGAAUGGGUUAAACCUAAGAACCCUCCUUUUGCCCAGGGAUACCAGGUACAUGGGGUAAAGGGCUUUGCUGACCGACCAGUCCCAAGUGCUCCCACAGGUGGUGGCAAUCCUAAGAAAUUUCCAUUCGGAGUAUUAUCGGGCCCCCUGGAGUCUUCCCCAAAGUGGUGCCGUUGCACUUUCCAUGGGAUGGGGAAGCGGGCAGCCAGUGGUGCUGGGGGGCCGAGGGGUGCUGCAUGCCAAUCCAACACUCUGCCUCAGUAGUCCGAACAGUCGAUGUGCUUCAUGAACAUUUUUUCCAACGGUAUGCUUGCUGUUAUGGCUAAUAUGUAAAUGUUACUCUGAAUAUAUAUUUAUAUGCCAUGUUACUACUUAGUGACAUUAUCCAAACAUUUGUAUGCGUAUUUGUGAAGUUGUUUGCAUUGAUUUUUUUUAUAUCCACCUAAGUUUUGUAAAAGAGGUAUGUUGAAUAAAUUCUUUAAAAAGCA